CAUAUGAUACCCGAUAAUUAUUUUUUGGGGUUAAAGUAUCUGAUACAAAAUCAAACAAAAUAAUAAAAACCAAAGAUGACCCAAAGCAAUUUUCUUACGCACAAAAGUUUGCCCAACUGGAUUCAGAUCAUAAAAAAAUCUGUCGGAUAACUUUACUUUUGAAAAGCAAAAAGCUCUAUCGUCUUGAACUGUUCUUCACUUUUGGCAAUAACCUAAAUUAACUGCCAAGUAAAAGAGAAAGGAAGACCAGAACUAAGGAGUCACACCAGUCAUACAUUAUUUACAUGCAAACUAAAUCAAAUUUCCCAAUAUGAUAUCCAACGUCUUAUACACAGAAUCACCAGGUAGGAAGAUUGCGGGAAGCUCGUACUUAAUGGAAUCCAUUUCCAGUAAUAGUGAUAAGAAAAGAAGAGUGGACUUGACUUCGACAAACGCUUCUCCAGUUCUUACUGAUCCUUCACCAUUGACCAAGUACAGAUUGGGAUCCAUUCUAGUUUAUUUCCUUAUUCACAAUCUGGACCUUCAUUCUCCAGUAGUGUGCUAUCGAUUCCUAGAAAGAAGCCACCAAAGCUUGAUGAUGUUCAAUCCAAUGGCUGGUUCGAGGCAAUGCGGUCUUCUUCACCUCCUGGGAAGAAGAUCCUGAAGAAAGCAAACAUUGAUGUUUCUUAAGAUGAUGCUGAUGUGACUUACGUUUCUUGGAUGGUAUGUUAAUACUUUUACCAAAUGCACACUGGUCUAUUUAUUUCCAUUUUCACCAAGGUUCUUUAUUUAUUCAAAUCAAGUAUCCAUCACCUCUCAACUGCUUUCAGCAAAUUAUGAGGCAAGUAAGUAAUAAACAUAUAGUGAUUUUCCUAGAUUAUGAUGGGACUCUCUCUCCUAUUGUUGAUGACCCUGACCGUGCUUUUAUGUCCAAUGAGGUAAAUCGAACUUUCAUAUACAAGUAAGAUGAUUAUCUUGAGAUGUUCAAAUAAUAUAUUCUACAGAUAUGUUCUGUUGUUAGUAAUGUUGCAAAAUAUUUCAAAACAACAAUCAUUAAUGGAAAAAGCCGUGAUAACGUAACUUUUAGCUUAAUUACUAAUUUAGAUUGUUAAGUCUAUAUACAUACAUUUCAAAUCUCUCUUCAUUUGCAGAAGUGAUUUCUGAUUUUUAUUUUUUUAGGUAUAUGAGCUGGUAGAUCUUCCUGAACUCUAUUAUGAUGGUAACCGCAGUAUGAACAUCAUUUCGCCAGUCAAAAAUACAUUGACUACUAAUGAUGCAAAUUGUGUUAAUGAAGUUUCUAGAAAAAUCAAAGGUUUAUCUCUUUCCUUUUUCAAUUACUUACAAAAAUAUUCAGUGUAGGGAUAGGAAGGGACUAAGAGAACCUUAAUUUAUUUUAAAAAUUUAUGCUAACACAGAAAAAAAAAUUCCUCAUGAUUAUUUGUUGAAUUACACAACUAACUUCGAUGCUAAUUCAAUAUAGACAUACUGAUAAGUGAACACUGUUAUUGGUAAAUAAUAGUUGUUGAUACCAGAGAUAAUUGGAGUGUUGACAGAGACAACUUCUUUGCUUGGGAAGAGUAAUGCUAAAACGUAGCAGGAUUCUCUUUAUGGAUGAGGUAACCAUCUCUGUUGAUUGACAGACAAAUAUUGUGAUCCAGAAAAUCAUCCACAAGGAUUUCACUACAAGUACUAUAAUCAGUAUUGUCCAUAGAAUACCAACAGUCAUGGACAGUGGUAGAGUUCUUGUCAUAGAUACAGAUGAACGUUAGUAUUUCCCAUAUACUUGUUGAAGUUAAAAAGCGUGGAUCCUCUUUGGCAAAUUGUUGACUGUUUCGGAGCAGGAUGACUGAGUUUAUAGUGAUGGCAAGUUAGCAUCAUGUGUUGCGUAUAUUCUUGAAAUGUAUGAAGGAGGAGGACUACUUGGUGAACUUGUAAAAUCAAUUCAGGUUACAAAGUUUCCGGCAAAUCUGUCAAAUUAUGAAGUAUUUUAAUUUCUGCUUUUUAUCAGUUGCUUGGGUAUUUGCCUAGGCAAUGUACUUGAUGAAUCCGAAACUUUCUUAUUUUCUGUCUAUCAUAUAUGUGCAUAGAGAAUCCAACUACA